AUACCAUGGCCCGAAUUUGGCAGUUGUUCGACGGUUUCCCAUGACCAUUAGUGAACUUUCCUGUCAACUUGCACUGAAGCUCAAACCGGAAGGCAGGAUAUCGAUUGAUUGUUGUUGUACCCAGCGGCCCGCCAACGCCGUGAGCGCCAUAUUGAUAUGUUCAUUCUUUUCUAUACAUGUCCUCUGAUCCAAGCAAUUUCACCAUCAUGUCGGACAAGGAGCUCGAAGCUGCAUAUACAGAAAUCAUUCAAAAGUACUCCCAAGGCGAGUUCAAAGGGAGAAAAUACUCGAGGAAGAAUAUGUAUUCAGACAUGCAGACCGUAUUUCGUGAAGACGGUUCUGCAGUCAAGAGAUACGAGACCUGCACACUCUGUAUGAAGGAGCCAGAACGUAACCAGCGCUUCAUGAAAUGCUCAGGCUGUGUAGAUGAAAAUGGAGAUGGCACCCCGUAUUGUAGUAAAGAAUGUCAGCGUCUUCAUUGGCCCGAUCACAAGCUGCGCUGCAAGAGUACCCAAGAGCGUCGCAAGACGCUCCAGCAACUCAAAGAAGUUGACCAAAUGAGGGAAAUGUUCCAGAAGGCUCUUGGAUUGGAGGGCUCUGCUCUUCCGGAAUUUGCUCCGUCCAUUGCAUCUCGUGGUCCUGAAAUCCAACGAUGGACUGAGAUGUUUGCAUGGACAUGGAUUCGCGCUGCUCAUCGUGCUCUGAGCCACAAUUACGGAUCGAAACAAUUUGACUACGAAGACACAGCGCUCCUUAUUCGCUGCAAGUCCCGACCAAAGUCGGAGACUGCUGGUAACCCAGCCCUAUUUGCAGAUGUUGAAUCUGCCGAGUUUGUUUCUUUCUCGGGCUUGCCCAGACCAAAAUGGGACGGGAUCUUCAAUUCCAUGAAAGUAAUGGCUUCGAAAAGGAAGCGUGCUGAACAGAUAUCUCGUGCAUCGCUCGGAAAUAGUCAUCGCGGGGUCCUAUGGAUGAUAUUUCUGUUCGACAACGCGGUCCCGCUUUUGGAUGUGCAUAGUGUUAGCAUCUCUCCUUCGCAAAUUUUCGAAAAGAAACUGGACCAUUCGGAUUGGAUCGAAGAACUGCAGAAAUUUGCCCAUAACGGCUGGAUUAUGCGGAGGACUAGCGAUAGGAACGAUGCAAACAGUGCCGUCGGAACGCUUUCUAAGCGUGGCACAACCUGGCAUUGGACAAAGCUUAGUGCUUCAGAAUGCCAGAAACACCAACUCGCCAAAGAAUACCGAAGUGUCUUUCAGGGCGAUUACUUGAAACGUCGGUGAUUCUACGGCGAGUUAGGGCACUCAGAGUCUCUCUGCAAUGAGGAGUUUCAGAGCUCGAUGCUUGGAUAAUUAUAAAUGUGUCUCUUCCCUACU